AUGUUGGAGCAGUAUUCGAGUAAGAAUUCCAUUGAAAUUAGUGGCGUUCCCGAAAUAAAAGGUGAAGAAAUAACGAACGUCGUCACUGCAGUAAGCGGCGCGGUAGGAUUUACCUUAAAUAGAUCAAUGAUCGAUGCAUGUCACCGGCUAGGAAAGAACCCCAAUAAACCCAACGAACCUAGGGGGAUCAUACUUAAGUUUGUUAGCAGGAUGGACAAAGAUCAGUUACUUAAGUGUAAACGUAUCAAACGCAACGUGCACGUAAGUGAUUUAGGGGAGAUGUUCUCUAGACUUCCGAACGUAAAUCCAAACAGCAACAUUUUUAUUAACGAGUCGCUAUCCCAGUUCAAUCGUGUGUUAUACGCCAAGGCCAGACUGUAUUCAAAGCAAAAUAAUAUUAAAUUUGUGUGGAUUCGCAACGGUCAAAUAGCCAUGAGGAAAGUCGAAGACAGCAAGAUAUUCGUGAUAAAAUCUGUUGAUGACUUUAAGGAUGUCCACUAA